AUGGCGGGUCCCCUACGGCGAGGCCGUCUCUGGAUUGGUGUCGCCUUCAUCUGGAUCUUGUGCUUUUGGUACUGGUCAAAUUCAGACUCUGGCUUCAAGCUGUUUGGUAAUGGAGAUCCUCUUGCUGGAAAGGGCGCCACGGCCUGGACCCGAAGAUUACCUAAAUAUCCUAUUCCCAAGGAGAAAUUAGCUGCCUUGCCAAAGAUCACCGGAGAUGUCAAGGUCCCCAAGAUUCAGGCUACUACUCCGGUCGAGAGCGCCGCGGCCAAGAAGCUGCGACUGUCGCGAUUGGCUGCAGUCAAGAAGAGUUUCGAGCACAGCUGGAGCGGAUAUUCCAACUAUGCCUGGAUGCACGACGAGGUGACCCCGUUGACCGGCAAGUCCAAGGACCCCUUUGGCGGUUGGGCUGCCACUCUGGUCGACGCCCUCGAUACCCUUUGGAUCAUGGACAUGAAGGACGAGUUCACAAAAGCUGUUGCCGCUGCAGACGGUAUUGAUUUCACCAGGAGUCCCAUGGCAACUAUCAACAUUUUCGAGACCAACAUUCGCUAUCUUGGUGGAUUCCUGUCGGCAUAUGAAUUAAGCGGAAGAGCUCAUCCUAUCCUCUUGAAGAAGGCUAUUGAGCUGGGAGACCUGCUCAUGUGCGCCUUUGAUACACCGAACCAUAUGCCAGUUACUCGAUGGGAAUGGAAGAAAUCUGCUUAUGGCCAAGCUCAGUCUCCCUCGCGGGAGGCUCUUGUUUCUGAACUUGGCUCCUUGAGUCUCGAGCUCACUAAACUAUCUCAGCUAACCGGCAACCCGAGAUUCUAUGACGCUGUCAAGAGAAUUGGAGACCAGUUUGAGUCUACGCAACUCAACACUCGUCUUCCUGGAAUGUGGCCGGUAGUCGUUGAUGCUUAUACGCCAACCUUCCAUGCUGGUUCAGACUUCACCCUUGGUGGUAUGUCUGAUUCGCUGUAUGAGUAUCUUCCCAAGUGGUAUCUUCUUCUCGGCGGCCAACUCGAGCAACCACGUCGACUAUACGAAAACUUCAUUCCUGUUGCCAUCAAGCACCUUUUCAAGCGAGCAUUGACACCUUCGGACAAGCCGGUCCUCAUCUCUGGAGACUAUCAGGUAACCGAUUUGCCAGGCGAGCAACCCAAGUACACCUAUGUUGCACGAGGCCAGCAUCUGACCUGCUUCGCUGGCGGUAUGGUAGCAAUGGGCAGCAAGAUUUUCAACCGCCCAGCCGAUCUCGAGAUCGCUUCCCAACUCACAGAUGGAUGUAUUUGGGCUUAUCAGGCUACACAGACGGGACUUGGACCUGAGAUCUUCAACUUCAUCUCGUGUGGCGGCGUCGAUGCUAAGGACUCGAGCGAUUGCACCUGGAACGAGGACCGGUGGCUCAAGGCUAUUGAAGAGCAACACGCUCCUGACUUCAGGGCACCGCCGUUGAGAGGAUCAGACUGGAAGAAGCCCACAGUUCACGACGUGAUCAAGAAGCACAACCUUCCCAAAGGUAUGAUCGACGUGAGCGAUGCACGUUACAUUCUCCGGCCCGAGGCCAUUGAGUCCAUCUUCAUCAUGUAUCGCGUCACAGGAGAUGCGCAAUGGAUGGAAAAGGCGUGGACCAUGUUCGAGACGAUCGAGAAGGUGACACGAACUGAGAUUGCGGCUUCAGCGAUAGACGAUGUCACCAAAGCAGAGCCUACAAAGAUGGACAGUAUGGAGAGUUUCUGGUUGGCAGAGACUCUCAAGUACUUUUACCUCAUCUUCAGCGAAUUUGAUGUUAUCAGCUUGGAUGAGUGGGUGCUGAACACGGAAGCACACCCUCUGAGUCGUCCAGAUGUAAACAUCAACCAGACGGCCCAACCGCUGGGUCUGUCCUCCCAAGAUGAGUUCCCAGGCUUACCUUUACUUUUGCUCGGGAUAGUCAAGCAGUUUAUUCGAAAUGUGCGUGCGGCCAAGACGAUCGCCGACGAGCGAGCUGUCAUUCAGAAAGAGAGCGCUGCCAUCCGCGCCAGCUUUCGAGAGGAGAGCCACGAUCCCAACAUUCGUCGCAACAAUGUCGCAAAGUUACUCUACCUGUUCACCCUUGGAGAGCGAACCCAUUUUGGACAGAUCGAAUGCUUGAAGCUCCUCGCCUCCCCUCGAUUCGCCGAUAAACGUCUGGGACACCUGGCUACAAGUUUGUUGUUGGAUGAGAAUCAAGAAGUCUUGACAUUGGUUACCAACUCGCUCAAGAACGAUCUCGGACAUUCCAACCAAUAUGUUGUUGGACUUGCUCUCUGUACGCUAGGAAACAUCGCCUCGAUUGAGAUGUCACGAGAUCUCUUCCCCGAAAUCGAGACCCUUGUAGCCACAGCCAACCCAUAUAUUCGAAGAAAGGCGGCUCUGUGCGCAAUGCGCAUAUGUCGAAAGGUUCCAGACUUACAAGAGCACUUCAUUGACAAGGCGACACAGCUUCUGUCCGACAGAAACCACGGCGUCUUGCUCUGCGGUCUCACCCUGGUGACAAGUCUCUGCGAGGCAGACGAGGAGGAGGGCGGAGAAGAAGGAAUUGUUGAAAAGUUCAGGUCUUUUGUCCCAGGACUUGUCAGAACUUUGAAAGGGCUCGCUACUUCAGGUUACGCACCCGAACACGACGUUACUGGCAUUACCGACCCCUUCCUGCAGGUCAAGAUCCUUCACCUGCUGCGAGUCCUGGCUGUGGGUGAUGCAGAGACCAGCGAGCAGAUCAACGAUAUCCUAGCCCAGGUUGCUACCAACACCGAAUCAUCCAAGAAUGUUGGAAAUUCCAUCCUGUACGAAGCUGUGCGCACGAUUCUCGACAUUGAGGCCGAUUCUGGAUUGAGGGUGCUCGGUGUCAACAUUCUGGGCAAGUUCCUCACCAACCGCGAUAACAACAUUCGAUACGUGGCUCUCAACACCCUGAUCAAAGUUGUCGCCAUCGAGCCCAAUGCUGUGCAGAGACAUCGAAACACCAUCCUGGAAUGUUUGAGAGACCCUGAUAUCAGUAUUCGCCGCCGAGCUCUGGACCUGAGCUUUACCUUGAUUAACGAGGGCAAUGUUCGAGUGUUGAUUCGGGAGCUUCUUGCCUUCUUGGAGGUUGCCGAUAAUGAGUUUAAGCCAACAAUGACCAGCCAGAUAGGUAUCGCCGCUGACAAGUUUGCGCCUAACAAACGAUGGCACUUCGAUACAAUGCUCCGGGUUUUGUCUCUUGCCGGUAACUACGUCAAGGAGCAGAUCCUAUCAUCAUUUGUUCGCCUUGUCGCUACCACCCCUGAGCUACAGACGUAUGCGGUUCAAAAACUCUAUAUCAACCUUAAGAAAGACAUUACUCAGGAGAGUCUGACGCAAGCAGGUGCUUGGUGCAUCGGCGAAUAUGCAGACGCUCUGCUCAAGGGUGGACAAUACGAGGAAGAGGAGCUUGUCCAGGAGGUUAAGGAGCAUGAGGUUGUCGACUUGUUCUCCUUGAUACUUAACAGUGCAUACGCCACACAAGUGUCCACAGAGUACAUUGUGACAGCCUUAAUGAAGUUGACAACCCGCUUCUCUGACCCAGCUCAGAUUGAGAAGAUCCGAAGGAUCCUGCAAUAUCACCAGACCAGCCUCGAUAUCGAGAUUCAACAGCGAGUCGUUGAAUAUGGCAACCUCUUCAGCUUUGACCAGGUCCGACGUGGAGUGCUCGAGAAGAUGCCUAUUCCUCAGAUCAAGGAGGAGUCUCGUGUUCUUGGACAAGCUCCUACAAAGAAGAAGGCCGCCAACAGGAAGUCAAGAGUCAUCAAGCCAACAGAACAAGACCUCCUGGAUAUUAUGGACGCGCCUGCUGCGUCACCAGCUGCUCCCUCAACGACAAACACUGAUCUCCUUGCCGAUAUCUUAGGUGGUACCUCUUCUCCUCCUCCAUCUGCCUCCUCGCCGCCUCCUCAGCAAUCCAACGUAUCGAACAUCAUGGACCUAUUUGGCUCUGCCCCCGUGCCAUCUACAGCUUCUCCUACCCCACCUUCAUCGAACCUCGACCUCGUGUCUCCCGUGUCGUCAGCACCUCAACCUCAGGCAUCGCAUGCACCUGCUGGUAUUCCCUGCUAUAACGCGAAUGACCUUAACGUGACAUUCCAGAUCCAACGCAACGCGGAGGGUAUGAUUCAAGCCACCGCAAAGUUCAUCAACACUUCUGGUUCAGCGAAUCUCUCCAAUGUAUCUCUACAAGCUGCCGUUCCCAAGUCUCAGAAGCUGCAACUGCUGAGCAUCUCUUCAUCGGACCUCGGACCUGGGGCUGAAGCCAGCCAGAUGAUGCGAGUGUCCGGAUGCAAGGGGCCUCUGCGUCUGCGCUUGAGGAUUGGAUAUACGCACCCAACUGCUGGACAGGUCAUGGAUCAAGUCAACUGGACAGAGUCGUCCUAG